CACACCAGAGAAGUAUUGAAACAACACCAGUUUGAAAUCAAACCGAUGCUGUUCUAAUACUAACUGGUGUUGUAUAAACACCUAUGGUGUUAGACCAAAACGAAACUGGUGUUAAUUGUUUAACACUUCUCUGGUGUGGACAUAUAUAGAUUCCGGGCUGGUGUUAAAUCAACACCAGAGUUUUUGCAGUGUGGUUCUGCCAAUGCGGAGGUGCCGUGGCCGAGUGGUCUAAAGGCGCUUGACUAUACAUUGGAGGUCCGGGGGUUCGAUCCCCGGCCGCGGCUUCUACGCCUUCGCUCGUGAGCGAGGGAUGCUCUUUUAUCCUGUAUUUAAAUAAAUGGAAACGCAACUCUUCCUGGUAACUAGGUAUAGCUACCAAUGAAAUCUCGCAUUUGAUUGGAUGCAGGGCCCUGCUAUACCACAGUUAAUAUAAUGCUAAAUAUAAAUAUCUCCAGCCCGGACCAUCCAUUUAAAACGAUUCCCAAAUCACCCCUUCCUGUUCCUGGCGUUGGUUAACCCCGGAUGUUAAAAGUUAGUAUAAAACCUUGCGCCAGCCGAUAAACCAAACUCACUUCUGAUAUACUCAGCUCGCUUCCAGCACCCUCUCGCUUCUUGGUCCGCCCAUCGAAGACGGUUCUGAGAAGACGCAGGAACUUUUAUCCAUCGAAAAUACCAAAAUAACCGUCUUCUUCUUCUUCAAUUAUUCUUAGUUGUUGAGUCUAAAUAUCCACCAAUAUGCGUGAAUGUAUCUCCAUCCAUGUCGGCCAAGCCGGAGUCCAGAUGGGCAACUCCUGCUGGGAGUUGUACUGCCUUGAGCACGGCAUCGAGCCCGAUGGCAGGAUGCCUUCAGACACCUCUGUCGGCAAGGAGAACGAUGCCUUCAACACCUUCUUCAGCGAGACCGGCUCCGGGAAGCACGUCCCCCGUGCCGUCUUCGUCGAUCUCGAACCGUCUGUCGUAGAUGAGGUUCGUACCGGCGUAUACCGUCAGCUCUUCCACCCUGAGCAGCUGAUCACCGGUAAGGAGGAUGCUGCCAAUAACUACGCCCGUGGUCACUACACCAUUGGUAGGGAACACAUCGACAAUGUCAUGGACAGAAUAAGGCGAUUGGCGGACAAUUGCAGUGGUCUUCAGGGCUUCCUGAUCUUUCACAGCUUCGGAGGCGGAACUGGAUCCGGACUAAACGCUCUCCUUAUGGAGCGUCUCUCUGUCGACUUCGGCAAGAAGUCUAAGUUGGAGUUUGCCAUCUACCCAGCACCUCAAGUUUCGACAGCAGUCGUCGAGCCUUACAACUCAAUCCUCACUACCCAUACCACCCUAGAGCAUUCCGACUGUGCCUUCAUGGUCGACAACGAGGCGAUCUACGAUAUCUGCAGACGCAACCUCGACAUCGAGCGGCCGUCGUACCAGAAUCUCAAUCGCCUGAUCGGCCAGAUUGUGUCUUCCAUCACCGCUUCUCUGCGUUUCGAUGGCGCCCUCAACGUCGACCUGACGGAGUUCCAGACCAACUUGGUGCCCUACCCCCGUAUCCAUUUCCCCCUAGUCACCUACGCUCCAGUCAUCUCUUCUGAGAAGGCUUUCCACGAGCAGCUCAGUGUUUCUGAGAUCACCACUUCCUGCUUCGAGCCUCUGAACCAGAUGGUGAAGUGUGACCCUCGACACGGCAAGUACAUGGCUUGCUGUCUCCUGUACCGUGGUGACGUCGUCCCCAAGGAUGUCAACGCCGCCAUCGCUACCAUCAAGACCAAGCGUAGCAUCCAGUUCGUCGACUGGUGUCCAACUGGCUUCAAGGUCGGUAUCAACUACCAGCCACCCACCGUCGUCCCCGGCGGUGACCUUGCUAAGGUGCAGCGUGCCGUCUGCAUGUUGAGCAACACCACCGCCAUCGCCGAGGCUUGGGGUCGUUUGAAUCACAAGUUCGAUCUAAUGUACGCCAAGCGUGCCUUCGUCCAUUGGUACGUCGGAGAGGGUAUGGAGGAAGGAGAGUUUGCCGAGGCUCGUGAGGAUUUGGCUGCUCUCGAGAAGGACUACGAAGAAGUCGGUAUCGACUCUCUCGAAGGAGGAGAAGAGGAGGAAGAGGAAGACUAUUAGAUAUCCAGACGAUCGGGAUUAUGUUUCCUGAAAUUUUUAUAAAAAAGCAAUUUAACUACAAAUUUGAUAUCAACCAAUCAAAUACUAUCAUUUCAUUAGCCUUUAACAGCUAUCGUAUUAAACAUCAGGUUUUACAUGUUUUAUGAAACAAGACCCAAUUGAUGUUCCAUAUUUUAUUUCUACUGCCUCGUCGUGACAUUCUCUCAACAACAAACUUUAAACUUUCUAUUACCUGAUAAUGUACGUACACCAGAAUUUAUUCAUGAGAAAGGGGUAGGGUAUGAUUGUUGAAAUGUAUGUAUCAAAAUGAAAGAGAGAGAGAAAAGCAGCCGAGCUGAUAAUGAAUGCAUCAUGGGGGGGGGGGGUAAUUCAAAAUUAAAUUGAAAGAUAUUAUGCAUAAUUUGGGUAAUAUGUUUGUGAACUCACCACAAAAGACUUCUAUUCCCAGAUGAUAUCUUGAACAAUUUUAUGAAAAAUCGGGAGAUAUUUUUUUUCAAUAUGAAUACUAUGUUAUGAUAAUGAGUCCAAAUAUUGUGAUAUUUUUAUGAUUAUGUUCUACUUAAAUUAUAUGAUCACACUAUCUUUCUGUCGAUGAUGAUUGUGUGAUGUAUAAUCCUCUAGCUAUGUUUCUUGCCAAUGUCUUUCUUUGAGAUUCUCCGGUUUAAUUUGCUCUUUGUAAGCCUCGACUCUUAACACGCCAAAGCCGUCAACCUGCGCUUCAGGGUCCCGUCUUACAAUGAGUUACAAUAUUGAUCCGAUCAAUCUUAACUCUUUGGAAAUCCAUCAAUGUCAUAUUUUUUCUACAGUAAAUUUGCACAAUGUACUUUGUAAAGAACAAGAAGCACACUAAAUUUUAAAGGAAACAAUGAAUGUAUGAAUAUACAUCAUAUCUAGAAAACAUUUUGAAUUAACAUGCAUUUUAGAUGUUGACGUUGCUGGCUUUCCAUAGUUGUCGUUGAUCGGAUCAAUCGCAACUAUGGAAAGCCAGCAAAGUCAACAUAUAAAAUGCAUGUUUGUUCAAAAAAAUUAUAGAUAUGAAUGUAUAUCCAUAAAUUCAUUGAUUUAUUGACAAUUUGGUGUGAUCUCCUUUGUUUACAAAGGACAUUUUGCAAAUUUCCUGUAGAAAGAAUUAUGACACUGAUGGAUUUCCAUAGAAUUACGAUUGAUCGGAUCAAUCGUAACUCUUUGUAAGACGGGGCCCUGGUGUCCAUAACACGAAGCUCAGCAAUCAUCGUACACGAAUAUCUUUACGAUUGAUUACAUUGACUACAAUGAAUAAUCAAUUGUUAAAAUCAAGCGUACGAUUAUUCGCUAGCGUUUGUUUACAUGACCCUGCUAUCAUCACAUUCACACCAACAUAGAAGAGUUGUGAACUCCUAUGGAGUCGUACACUCUUGAAAACGAUUAAGUUGGUGAAUGUGAAUCCACCGAAAACAAUUGUCAAAAUCAUUGUUUAGAAUGUCCCAACAUUUGGGCUGAUUUUUUUUCAAUUUCAUUUUUCUGUCGGAUAUACAUUCUCCAAUAUAUUUUGACCAUUUCAAGAGUAAUUUCUUUGCCAUUUGAUGAGUUAGGCUGCUUCUUAGAGUGAAAAACCGAGACUCAAUGAGGCUUAUUUCGAAUAUAUUCUAUUGAUUUAUUGUUGUCAUGUCUGUGUCAGUGUCUGAAUAUCAAAUAAAGUUGAUAAAAGAACUAUA